UUUUUUUUAUGACUUUAGAUUGCCAGGUUGGGUAACUUUAAUCAACAUCCGACAUUGAGAAUUGGAAAGUUUACCAGGGGGUUUCACUUGAUUCACGGAAAUCAUAACAACGAACCCCAUCAAUCAUCAUCAUUAUCCCUUUAAGCCUACCAACUCCAAUUCUUCUUUUGAAUUCUUCGUUUUACGUUAGAUUUUAGGGUUAGGGUCUUACUUCCCUCACCAACGAUAAGGAGGAAGAAGAAUUCCUUAUUCCAGCUGCUAAUAUGUUGAAGGGCGUAGAAUUAACACCUGAAUUACAGGAAAUUCUCAAUGCCAAUAUGGAUUGCGUGCAAGAAAGGCGCACCGCACGUGAGGCCUUCAAGGAUAUUCAGCUUAACAUCGAUCAUAUCUUGUUCAACACAAAAUAUGAAGGAUUGAAGACAAAGGAGUCAUAUGAGACGAACUCUAAAGGGAUAGAAAUUUUCUCAAAAAGUUGGCUACCGGCGUCACAACCUCCCAAAGCUGUAAUUUGCUACUGCCAUGGUUAUGGAGACACUUGCACAUUUUUCUUUGAAGGAAUUGCUAGAAAGUUUGCUUCAUGUGGAUACGCGGUUUAUGCCAUGGACUUACCGGGACUUGGCCUUUCGGAAGGUCUUCAUUGCUAUAUUCCAAGCUUUGACGCUCUAGUAGAUGAUGUUGUAGAACAUUAUUCGAAAAUUUUAGAAAAUCCCGAAAUACGUGAUCUUCCAAGAUUCUUGCUCGGGCAAUCAAUGGGUGGAGCCGUGGCUCUAAAGGUGCACCUUAAACAACCAACAUUCUGGACGGGUGCAGUCCUUGUUGCGCCUAUGUGCAAAAUUGCAGACGAUGUGGUCCCACCAUGGGCAGUAACAAAAUGUCUCAUGGGUAUGGCGAAGGUUCUCCCAAAGAUGAAGCUUGUUCCACAAAAGGAUCUCGGUGAUAUGGCAUUCAGAGACCCUAAAAAGAAGCAUUUGCCAAACUAUAAUGUUAUCGGUUACAAGGAUAAACCACGUUUGGGAACAGCUAUGGAACUCUUAAAGACAACACAAGAGAUCGAAAGUCAACUUGAAAACGUUUCAUUGCCAUUGUUGAUAUUGCAUGGAAAAGCUGAUAUGGUGACUGAUCCGUCUGUGAGUAAAGCUUUGCAUGAUAAAGCAAAGAGUCCAGACAAGAAAUAUAACUUAUAUGAUGAUGCAUGGCAUUCAUUAAUGGAUGGGGAGCCUGAUGAGAUCAUUACUCGGGUUCUUACUGAUAUUAUUACGUGGCUCGAUGAACAUACUGCUAAAAAGUAAUUUGUUCAUCGAGGUAUACUGAAAUUUGAAAAAUAAGAAGAUAUUUUUUUUGUCACAAUUGAAGUAGCAAAACUUGUGAAGUGUAAAGUUUUAUUUGAAAAAUAAAUGUCCAUUGUUGUAAUUAAUUUUUAGACCUUAUUGUAUCUAUAGGCUUUUUCGAAGCAAUGUAUAUAACAUAACACUUUUAUUAUAGUUAAUUAAGCAAUGGAAAAUAAUUGUUUAACAUGCU